GGUGGUUGGGGGGGACCAUGGCUGACGUUUUCCCGGCUAACGAUUCCCCGGCGUCUCAGGACGUGGCCAACCGCUUCGCGCGCAAAGGGGCGCUGAGACAGAAGAACGUGCACGAGGUGAAGGACCACAAAUUCAUCGCCCGCUUCUUCAAGCAGCCCACCUUCUGCAGCCACUGCACCGACUUCAUCUGGGGGUUUGGGAAACAAGGCUUCCAGUGCCAAGUUUGCUGUUUUGUGGUUCACAAGAGGUGCCAUGAAUUUGUUACUUUUUCUUGUCCGGGUGCAGAUAAGGGACCCGACACUGAUGACCCCAGGAGCAAGCACAAGUUUAAAAUCCACACUUAUGGAAGCCCCACGUUCUGUGAUCACUGUGGAUCAUUGCUGUAUGGACUUAUUCAUCAAGGGAUGAAAUGUGACACCUGUGACAUGAACGUGCACAAGCAGUGCGUCAUCAAUGUCCCCAGCCUCUGUGGGAUGGACCACACGGAGAAGAGGGGGCGCAUCUACCUGAAGGCUGAGGUCACCGACGAGAAGCUCCAUGUCACAGUACGAGAUGCAAAAAAUCUAAUCCCUAUGGAUCCCAAUGGACUCUCAGAUCCUUACGUGAAGCUGAAACUUAUUCCUGAUCCCAAGAAUGAAAGCAAACAAAAAACCAAAACCAUCCGCUCCACGCUAAACCCCCAGUGGAACGAGUCAUUUACGUUCAAAUUAAAACCUUCAGAUAAAGACCGACGACUGUCUGUAGAAAUCUGGGACUGGGAUCGAACAACAAGGAACGACUUCAUGGGAUCCCUUUCCUUUGGCGUUUCGGAGCUGAUGAAGAUGCCGGCCAGCGGAUGGUACAAGCUGCUUAACCAAGAAGAGGGUGAGUACUACAAUGUGCCCAUCCCAGAAGGGGAUGAAGAAGGAAACGUGGAACUCAGGCAGAAAUUCGAGAAAGCCAAGCUUGGCCCUGCUGGUAACAAAGUAAUCAGCCCUUCAGAGUGGAGGCAACUUUCCAACAACCUUGACAGAGUGAAACUCACCGACUUCAAUUUCCUCAUGGUGCUGGGGAAGGGGAGUUUUGGGAAGGUGAUGCUUGCUGACAGGAAGGGAACAGAAGAACUGUACGCCAUCAAAAUCCUCAAGAAGGAUGUGGUGAUUCAGGAUGACGACGUGGAGUGCACCAUGGUGGAGAAGCGAGUCCUGGCCCUGCUUGACAAGCCCCCGUUCCUGACGCAGCUGCACUCCUGCUUCCAGACGGUGGAUCGGCUGUACUUCGUCAUGGAGUACGUGAACGGCGGGGACCUCAUGUACCACAUUCAGCAAGUGGGGAAAUUCAAGGAGCCACAAGCAGUAUUCUAUGCGGCAGAGAUUUCCAUUGGAUUAUUCUUUCUUCAUAAAAGAGGAAUCAUUUAUAGGGAUCUGAAGCUCGAUAACGUCAUGCUGGAUUCAGAAGGACACAUCAAGAUUGCCGACUUUGGGAUGUGCAAGGAGCACAUGAUGGACGGGGUCACGACCAGGACCUUCUGUGGGACUCCAGAUUACAUCGCCCCGGAGAUCAUCGCUUAUCAGCCGUAUGGGAAAUCCGUGGACUGGUGGGCUUACGGAGUCCUGUUAUAUGAAAUGCUGGCUGGGCAGCCCCCAUUUGAUGGCGAGGAUGAAGACGAGCUAUUUCAGUCUAUAAUGGAGCACAACGUUUCUUAUCCAAAAUCCUUGUCGAAGGAGGCCGUUUCCAUCUGCAAGGGACUGAUGACCAAACAUCCGGGCAAACGACUGGGCUGUGGGCCCGAGGGAGAGAGGGACGUGCGAGAACACGCCUUCUUCCGGAGGAUCGACUGGGAGAAACUAGAGAACAGGGAGAUCCAGCCGCCCUUCAAGCCCAAAGUGUGCGGCAAAGGAGCGGAAAACUUUGACAAGUUCUUCACCCGAGGGCAACCUGUCUUAACCCCUCCCGAUCAGCUGGUCAUUGCUAACAUAGACCAGUCUGACUUUGAAGGGUUCUCGUAUGUCAACCCCCAGUUUGUGCACCCCAUCUUACAGAGUGCAGUAUGAAGCUCACCGGCGAGAACGAACGCCUCCCCCGCCCCUAGCGCCCCCAGCAGUGGGGAAUGAUCCUUAACCCUAAAAUUUUAAGGCCACAGCCUUGUUUCUUGUUCGAUGUGGGGGCCUGAAAAUUGUAGGGUUAUUAGUCCAAAUGUGACCAACUGUUCAGGGUCUCUCUUACAACCAAGAACAUUAUCUUAGUGGAAGAUGAUAUAAUGUACAGUGUCCAGUUGAAUUAUGUAGAAGUCACCACCUCUGGCUGUAGGUUGACCCAUCCUAGAACGUAAGCAGACUCUUGCCCCUUUUUUGGUACGAUUUCAUACAUUUUUCCACAUCCUCUGUCUGGUGAUUUUCACCUUCAGGGACCCCCCGUCAGUCAUGUGAAAAUGCACCUGCCCCAGGGCGGGGGGCUGGGCACAUCGCCACCUAAGGCGCCUUUGGAAUGAAAGAACAGGGAUCCCAGAGAGUAAGCGAGGCGGGACUGGAGGUAGGGAGGCUUCUGAAUACCUGCUACUUCUGUUCUCUGCCUUGAUGAGAAACAGUCCCUACAUUCCCACAGGCCGGGAUGUCAUUGGCACACUCAGUUUUCGAGAGAGAGAGAGAGAGAGAGAGAGAGAGAGAGAGAGAGAGAGAGAGAGAGAGAGAGAGAGAGAGAGAGAGAGGAAGACCUCAGAUGAGUGUUCGGUGAAUCUUUCAUCUUGUACCCUACUUGAUUGAUCCCUAUCUUGAUACUUGCAUUUCUUUUUAAGAGGCCAAAUCUUCUAAGGACUUUGCUAAAUGAGCAUGUGAAACCAUG